AUAAAAAAACCAAGCUUAUUCUAUGUAAAUUUUAAAAUUAAAGUUGAUAAUUUUUGUUUUAUAUUUGAAUUAUUUAGACAAAAAUCAAUGUUUGAUUUUUUUAUUAAUUUAAUUAAAUUUUAA